GCUGAGAAGGAGGGAGAAUAGGAGGAGAGUCUUUUCUUAACAAGGUUUAAAAACCAUGGUUCAAAGGGAUGAACCAGUUACUAGCACUGCAGUCAUCAAUGAAUAAGUAAGAAAAGAUACGGGGAUGCGGGAGAAGAAGGAGACACAAGAUACCAAAUUUCCUUCUGGGAGACCCCACAGGCCCCACCUACUGUGAAGACUGGCUCUUACCCCCAAACUUCCCUGGAGUCCCCAUGUUCAACAAGAGCCGGUGAGGUGUGCUGGGGGUAACCUCGGGAACACUUAAGAACCUAUCUCUCUCCUUCUCUUUCAGAUGUUCACCUCCACAAUAUUUGCUGUGAUUGGAUUCUUGGGUGCUGGAUAUUCAUUUGUCACCUCGGCCAUCUCAAUCAACAGGGGUCCUAAGUGUCUCAUGGACAAUAGCACGUGGGGCUACCCCUUCCAGGAAGGGGAUUACCUCAAUAAUGAGGGCUUAUGGAGCAAGUGCCACGAGCCUGUCAACGUGGUGCCCUGGAAUCUGACCCUCUUCUCCAUCCUGCUGGUCGUAGGAGGGAUCCAGAUGCUUCUCUGUGUCAUCCAGGUGGUCAACGGCCUCCUGGGGACCUUGUGUGGGGACUGUCAGUGUUGUGGCUGCUGUGGGGGAGACGGACCAGUUUAAAUCUCCUUGAUGAGCUGCUCUAACUCGACGGCAUGUAGGACAUUACAUUAGACUUAUUCUUAUUAGAAUUAUAUUAUAUUAGACUUAUUCUUCCUGGGGUUGGCAGUUCCUAUCUGCGUCCUAACUGACAAAGCUUUGGGAGAGCAGAGUUGUUCCUUCCACUUUCCAAGCAACUUAGCUCAACUCAGAUUUUUAUGCUAUUUUCAAAUAAAAAAUUGUUCAGCCACUUAAGUUAGGUUUAUAUAUCUUUCAGACUCGCUUCCUUCUAGAAUUGAAGAACAGGUUCAAAGCAGAGUUAUCAUGAUUUGUUUUGAGGGAAAAAUGUGUCAGGUUACACACACUGCCAUACUGCUUCUUUGUAUAUAGAGAUGUUUAUAUCUUUGGAAGUUUUACAUAACUCAACGGAGGAAAGCAUAUCAAAAAUGAGAAACUAAGACCAGUUUUUGUUUUCAAGAUUUAUGAGAAAAAACAGAAUGACUGAUGUACCAUAAAUAAUUUUAUUUGGUGUUUUUGGCCUAUUGCAUUUGAAUUACUUAUGACUAGUCUUUUGAGCCUGCUUAUGUUUGCAAAGGUGAUAUAAUAAAGAUUGUGUGUGUUUGGGAGGGAGGAGAAAAGAC